CAAGAGUUAUAUAAGUGCCCUGCACUUUGGGAACUCUUUACAGUAACACCCAAAGAGUAGAAAGAAAUAUAGAGACACAGUUAGAAAAAGGAAAUAUAGGCUGAGAGAGAACACCAAAAAUCACAAGAAUACUGAUAAUAAGAAUGCUAAAAGUCUAGAAGAAGAAACUUUGGACAGCAAACAGAACAUAACAAUUCAAGGAGGUUAAGCAAACAACAACUAACGUUUUUGUGGCGAUGGAAAAGGAACUGCUAAGCUAUGAAGAAGCCAUUAGGAGGGCAGGUGAUGCUAUUCGUCGCUUUCCUCUAAAAGAUGUUCAAGGUAUCCCUCUCAUGAGCACCAUUGCUGACAACUGGCAAUCAAUCUGGGAAUUUUGUCCUGACCCAUCCGACCUACUCAUCUCUACUUACCCUAAAGCAGGCACAACCUGGACUCAAGAGAUAGUGGAUCUUCUGCUGCACAAUGGAGAUGCUGAGGUGUGCAAGAGAGCGCCAACAGCUGUCCGUAUUCCAUUUCUGGAAAUUUGCGCUCCUCCACCUAUACCAUCAGGGCUUGACUUACUUAGACAGAUGAAACCACCGAGAGUCAUCAAAACUCACUUGCCCAUUCAACUAGUGCCUAAAGGAUUCUGGGAAAAUAAAUGCAAGGUCAUCUAUAUGGCCCGAAAUGCUAAGGAUAACCUUGUAAGCUACUUCUACUUUGAUCGUAUGAAUCUUACCCAGCCAGAGCCAGGACCUUGGGAUGGAUACAUUCACAAGUUCAUGAGGGGGCAAUUAGGAUGGGGCUCUUGGUAUGACCAUGUAAAAGAUUACUGGAAGCAAUGCAAAGAAAAGAAUAUUCUCUACAUUCUCUAUGAGGACAUGAAAGAGAAUCCUCUUAGGGAGAUCAAGAGAAUCAUGCACUAUCUGGACCUGUCUGUUUCUGAGGAUGUCAUAGAAAGGAUUGUGCAGCUGACAUCCUUCCAAGUCAUGAAAGACAAUCCAAUGGCUAACUACUCCUACAUACCAAAACCUGUGUUUGAUCAGUCCAUUUCUGCCUUCAUGAGAAAAGGAGAGGUUGGUGACUGGGUUAACCAUUUCACCCCAGCUCAAUCCAAGAUUUUUGAUGAAGACUACGCAAACCAAAUGAGAGAUGUAGACAUUCCUUUCCGCUUUAGCAUCCCUUAAUAAUCUGUACAACAUUAAAUAUAUAUGCAAUAUCACAUACUACUCAACUAAUCUUUUUGAUUAUAAAAAUAUAUAUCACAGAAAAUAAUCUUUUUUUAAGAGCAAAUUAAAUAUCAGUAUUUCUAUAAAAGUUUUGGCAUAUAUCAGACUUUGAGCAAUAUGCUUUUAGGCCCAGGCAUUUAAACGUUGGAAUGUUGAUAUUAUGCAGAUUCUCUGUAUUGUAAUCUAACAAUAUGUAAUGUUUUAAAUUUACACAAACCAAUAAUAAACUAAUACCAUAAAACAUCA